CAUGUGAUACAGCCUUUAGUCUUUCGGGACAGAGGCACAGACAGAGGUUUGAAAGAAACGAGAAAAUCACAAACACGAAACCGUACAAUUAAAGCAAUUUUCAUUAUAAAUUCGAUUUGAUCAAUGUCAGAUUACAAAAGUCUCAGGCCUCUGAUCUUGAACGAAAUUUAUCCGGAACGUAAAUUUGUUAAACGGCAAAAGUCUGAAACGUAAUAACCAUGUUAAAUACACUGAAAACAUGUUUGAAGAACAAUGUACAGAAAUCGAGUAGGAUUAUACAAUUUAAUAAAAUCGAGAGCACGAAACCGCUUGCAAAAAAUUUACCAGUUUUUCAGUAUCCAAUAAGUAAUGAACGAGAUCACAGGGUAUAUGUUUGGGGUAUGGCAGACCAUGGUGCUCUUGGAACAUUGAAGUCGACAACAUUUGAAGAUGGUAUUGCAUAUAUUCCAAAGCCAAAGAGAUUAGCUUUUGGAGAAAAGCUUGAUGUAACAGAUAUAACGUGUGGUUACGGUUUCACUGCUUUUGCCGUCAGAUCUAAUGAUAAAAAUAUUUUGUAUGGAAGUGGAAUAAAUACAGAUUCCCAACUUGGUUUCAAUGAGAUAGACAAAAAAUUUCGUAAUGGUUUGAUAAUCGAACCAAGGCUGAUCAAUUUACCAAUCAAAGAUGCUUCUACUAAGGUCAUAAAUAUGUCUGCAGGCAGAGCACACUUAUUGGUAUUAACGAACGAAGGUGUAUUCACAUUAGGGAAUAAUGCAUAUGGCCAAUGCGGUCGUCCUAUUAUAAUGAACGAAAAUUAUGAGAGAAGUAGAGUUGUUCAUCAUAUACCCAACAUCAAGGGAAAACAAAUUAAGGCUGUAACGGCUGGCCAAGAUCAUAGCAUACUCUUGACAGAAUCCGGUGAGGUCUAUACAUUCGGUUGGGGAGCGGAUGGACAAACUGGAUUGGCGCAUUAUCGGAAUGAGCAUAGGCCCAGUUUGGUGAAAGGAGAUUUAGCCGGGCAGCAUAUUAUUAAAGUUGCGUGUAUCGCAGACUGUGUAUUAGCUCUCAGCGACAAAGGGAAGAUAUUCGGUUGGGGUAACUCAGAGUAUGGACAGUUAUUCAUGGAGGGUGAAAAUCAACAGGUGAACAUAGCUACGGAGAUCAGCGCGUUGAAGGAAUUAGGUCACAUCGUAGAUAUCGCCUGCGGUGGUUGCUUUUGUAUGGUCUUAAAUAACACAGGUCACGUUUACGUUUGGGGAUACGGUAUCCUCGGACUUGGACCUGAAGUCAACAGGGUCCCACUACCGACCCAGAUUCCGCCCGUACUCUUCGGAGCGAACGUGUACGAAAAGAACAGGAAGGUAGUAAAGAUAUUUUGCGGCAUGAGUCAUCUUGCAGCUUUAACUAAUACGGGUGAUCUGUACAUGUGGGGUUGCAAUAAAUUCGGAUCAUUAGGAUUAGGGAAUUCGAAAGAUCAGUACUUUCCAUUGAAGGUAAACGUAGGGGCGCAAGUGAAAAAGGUUGCCUGUGGUAUAGAUCACACAGUCACGCUUUGUAAACCUUUUAUUUGAAGCAUAAUGUACCUGUUUAAGCGAUAAUACAUUAUUUUUUAAAGUUA